AGAAGUGUGGAACGAAUCUGCCAAAAGAUGAAUGGUCAAGAUGCAGUGGCGCCGGUGCCGAGAGUGGCCGUGGUGGUGUUCCUCCUGAAGGGGAGAUCAGUUCUCUUAGGUCUGAGGCGAUCCUCCGUCGGCAACUCUACUUUCGCUCUGCCCGGCGGCCACCUGGAGUUUGGCGAGAGCUUCGAGGAAUGUGCAAUUAGAGAAGUGAAAGAGGAGACGGGGCUGGAGAUCACGAAAACGGAGUUCAUAAUGGUGACGAACAACGUGUUCCUGGAUGAACCCAAGCCGAGUCACUACGUCACCAUCUCGAUGCGAGCCGAACUAGCCGAUCCAGAGGAAGAGCCGAAGAACAUGGAACCAAACAAGUGUGAUGGAUGGGAUUGGUAUGAAUGGGGAAAUCUUCCGAAACCCCUGUUUGGACCACUGGAUAAAUUGGUCAACGAAGGGUUCAAUCCAUUUUCUACCUGAUUCUCUGUUAUCACUGUUAACGGCGAUGCUUCGUUUAUCUUCGAUUCCGACGAAGCUCUAUCAGAUAAUCACUAGCUACUAUAUAUGUGAUUGAGACUUUGUGAGACAAAUGAAGUUGAGGUUCUCCUUUAUUAGUU